AUGCUAACUGGUGGGGAUUGUAAAACGAAACCAAAAAUAUCUAUUUAUAUUAGUUGUCAAGUUAAAAGAUUAGAUGGUAUAUCAUCAUCAUCAUCAUCAUCAUCAUCAUCAUCAUCAUCAUCAUCAUCAUCAUCAUCAUCAUCAUCAUCAUCAUCAUCAUCAUCAUCAUCAUCAUCAUCAUCAUCAUCAUCAUCAUCAUCAUCAUCAUCAUCAUCAUCAUCAUCAUCAUCAUCAUCAUCAUCAUCAUCAUCAUCAUCAUCAUCAUCAUCAUCAUCAUCAUCAUCAUCAUCAUCAUCAUCAUCAUCAUCAUCAUCAUCAUCAUCAUCAUCAUCAUCAUCAUCAUCAUCAUCAUCAUCAUCAUCAUCAUCAUCAUCAUCAUCAUCAUCAUCAUCAUCAUCAUCAUCAUCAUCAUCAUCAUCAUCAUCAUCAUCAUCAUCAUCAUCAUCAUCAUCAUCAUCAUCAUCAUCAUCAUCAUCAUCAUCAUCAUCAUCAUCAUCAUCAUCAUCAUCAUCAUCAUCAUCAUCAUCAUCAUCAUCAUCAUCAUCAUCAUCAUCAUCAUCAUCAUCAUCAUCAUCAUCAUCAUCAUCAUCAUCAUCAUCAUCAUCAUCAUCAUCAUCAUCAUCAUCAUCAUCAUCAUCAUCAUCAUCAUCAUCAUCAUCAUCAUCAUCAUCAUCAUCAUCAUCAUCAUCAUCAUCAUCAUCAUCAUCAUCAUCAUCAUCAUCGAGAUUUAAUGCUUUUUCGAAAUGUAAAAGCAAACAUGAAUUGUUUUCAUCUCGUCCUAUUUUUUCUAGAUUAAUGUGUUGA